UCUGCUCUGCUAUCUUUACUCUGUUUCUCGGCUGUCAUUUUGGUUCGGAUUCGGUUUCUAGGGCUCGGUUGGUUCGCGUGGACUGUUGGACUUGUAGGGGUUUGGAUCGUUUGGUUUUAGCGUCAUGGGGAAGAUCGUAGAUCUGGAGGAGGGAUUGGAGUUGGUACAGAAGGGCAUCACCAAGCUGACGAACAUCCUGGAAGGGCGGGCCGAGCCAUCGUUUAUCACCGAUGAGUGCAUGAUGCUCUACACGACUAUCUUCAAUAUAGCCUCUCGGAACCACCCUCAAGACCACUCGCAGCUGCUUUAUGACAAGUACCGGGAGUUGCUCGAAGACUACUUGACUUCGGAGGCGUUGCCAGCAUUGAGCGAGAAACACGAUGAGGUCAUGUUGCUGGAACUUGUACAUCGAUGGAAGAACUAUAAAGUAAUGGUCAGAUGGCUAACACAUUUCUUCUUCUAUAUUAAUCGCUAUUACAUUCCUCGAAGAUCUCUCACUCCACUCGCUGAAGUUGGACUAAAUUGCUUUAGACAACUGGUUUACCAGGUUCUUAAAGACAAAGUGAGAGAUGCUGUGAUCUCUUUGAUUAAUCGAGAGCGCGACGGGGAGCAGGUUGAUAAGACAUUAUUGAAGAAUGUCCUGAAUAUCUUUGUUGAGAUUGGAUCGGGGAAGACGCAUUACUAUGAAACAGACUUCGAGGCACACAUGCUGAGAGAGACCUCAACAUACUAUUCUCAGAAAGCUUCAAUCUGGAUUGUGGAAGAUUCCUGUCCAGAUUACAUGUUUAAAGCCGAGGAGUGCUUGAAACGAGAGAAGGACAGAGUUCUUCAUUAUUUGCAUGAGAUCAGUGAACCGAAGCUACUACAGAAAGUCGAAGAUGAGCUUCUGUCAGCUUAUACUAACCAGCUUCUCGAAAAUGAAACCUCAGGAUGCCAUGUCUUGAUUCGGGAUAACAAGGUGGACGAUUUGUCUAGGAUGUGUAGACUCUUCUACAAGAUAGCAAGUGGUAUGGAUCUUAUUUCAGAGAUAAUUAAACAGCAAGUUACCGCUGAACUUACAGUCUUGAUGAAACAAGCAGAAGAUGCUGCAAGCAAUAAGAAGCCAGAGAAAAAAGAUGAGAUUGGAUUGCAAGAGCUGGUUUUAGUUAGAAGUGUCAUUGAGCUUAAUGCCAAGUACUUGGCAUUCUCAAAUGACUGUUUCCAGAACAACUCACCUCUCCGCAAGCCUCUUAAAGAGGUUUUCGAGGUUUUCUGCAACAAGGGUUUCUCAGGAAACUCAUGUGUCGAACUGUUGGCUACUUUCUGCGAUCAUACCUUAAAGAAAGGUGCCACUAAAAAUUCAAGUGAAGCUGUCGAGGAGACAAUAGAGAAAACGGUGAAGUUGCUUGCAUAUGUCAAUGAUAAAGACCUUUUUACUGAAAUCCAUAGAAAGAAGCUCGCUCGGAGGCUACUAUUCAACAGAAGUGCUCAUGAUGACUACGAAAGGAGUAUGUUAAAAAAGCUGAAGCAACAACUUGGGUGGCAAGUAACCUGGAAGAUGGAGGGCAUGGUUACUGAUAUGACACUCGCAAGAGAAAUCCAAUCAAGCUUUGAAGAGUAUCUCAAAUCUAAUCGCCAGGAAAAUCCUGGAACUGACUUAUCAGUCACUGUUCUAACGACUCGAUUCUGGCCAGGCUACAAAUCUCAUGAUCUCAAUCUUCCUUCUGAACUGAUCAAAUGCGUACAAGCGUUCAAAAUAUUUUAUGAAACAACAUCUCGUCGAAAGCUCACAUGGCUUUAUUCACUUGGUUCCUGCAAUAUCAAUGCGAAGUUUGGAGAGAGAACCAUAGAGCUGAUCGUGACAACGCCUCAGGCUGCAGUGUUGAUGCUUUUCAACUCAGCUGACAGACUCGGUUAUUCUGAGAUCAAGUCACAACUAGGUAUGACGGACGAUGAAGUGACCAGAUUGCUUCAUUCUCUUUCACGUGCAAGAUACAAAAUUCUUAACAAGGAGCCAAAUUCCCAAAGGAUCUCCAGAAUGGAUUACUUUGAGUUCAAUUCUGAGUUUACUGAAGCAAUGAAAAGGAUCAAGAUACCUCCUCCUCCGGUGGACGAAAGGAACAAGGUAAUCCAAGAUGUUGAUAAAGGUAGAGAAUAUGCAGUUGAUGCAGCAAUAGUUCGGAUUAUGAAGAAUCGCAAAGUGAUAGUUUACCAUCAAUUAGUGGUGGAAUGUAUGGAACAUCUCAACCACGUGUUUAAGCCUGACAUCAAGGCGAUUAAGAAAAGAAUCGAAGCUCUGAUCACCAGAGAGUAUCUGGAGAGGGACCAAAAGAAUCCCAGCAUCUUUAGAUACUUGGCUUGAUUCAAGUGCGCCAGUAAACUGAAGUUUUUAGAACAAAGACCAUCACGAGUCCACGAAAGAAAUCUUUAGGUUCCACCUGUAUAAUGACAAGCCACUAUGUCCCUUCAUCCCCGUAAGUGUUGAGGGAGAAGGUCCGGGAUACAAAAGAAAAUUUCUGAGAUAAACAAUUAAAUACAAAUCCAAGCAUAAGAGUGUAGUGGUUCCACACUUCCAAGUAGUUAUAGUAGUAGUUUGAUACUU